CCCACCCCCUUAGAGCUUCUCCAAAUCUUCGGGUCGUCUCUGCCAAAUGAAGGUUGACGGAGCAUUCAUUGUCCUGUUGGUGUCUAGCUACAUCUUCUGCUGCUUGGACACUCUCGCAUCGGCCUUCCUUGUGCCAUCCUCAACAUCAGCAAGGCGGCCAUUGAGGCCCGCAAAGAGAGAUCUGAGGGUGCACUCAUCUUCUCGCGUCAUCGGUAAUGCUCGUGCUGUUGCUCAGGAGGUUUGUUGUGGAGCAUCAGGGGACAGUGAUGGUGCCGUCGACCGUCGCUCUCUUAUCGGUCCUUCUGUGGCUGCACUGGUGGCUCUCGGAUUAGGCGGGAGAAGGGCGUGGGCGAUUGACAUGGAAACGUACGAGUUUGCAAAGGUGGCAUUAUUCGUCAUCAGCAAGGAGAUAGGUCGGGUCAGCCCUUGGGACGAAGGCACACAGUCAUCCACACAUUGAUCUGUAUGUGUGUGUGUGUGUGUGUGUGUGUGGAUAGAGGGCGGCAACAUCGAGAGGAUGAAGAAGGACAUCGACAAAGGCAAGGCGCGCGCACACACAGACAGACACACACACACCAGACAACCCAGAGAGUAUCACGUGUGUGUGUGUGUGUGAUUGCUUCCCUCUCCCCGCCUGGCCAUCCGUCCACUUACAGGCAACUUUGAGGAUUUGAUCGCCUUCACCCGUAAGUACAACGGGGUGCUGUCUCAGGAGAUGAGCAACGCCAACAAGAUCUUUACAGACGAGGCCAAGAAGGAGGGCAAGUCGCUCAAGGAGAAGGCGCGGGAUCACCUUAUCGAGAUCAACCAAUCGGCGAGGCGGCGCUCCGCUGAGGGGUGCAACGCUGGCCUCGAGGGCCUCAAGAAGGACUUGGUUGACUUCACCCAGCUGGCGCAAGUCGAGCCACCGUCAUGAUGCGAUGCACAUGCUCAUUGAUUGGUGUGCAGAGAUGGAUAGAUUGCAUUGGAUGGAGUGGUUGAUGGAUGGAUGGAGAGUCCACAGACAUGAAUGACACACAUGACAUGGCCGGCCGGCCGGCAAGACUAAAACUACUCACUGUACACCACAUCACGUCACGUCACACGUACGUCAGUCACUAA